UUGAUACUCCUUAAAAGCUCAUUUUAGUGGAGCAAUGAGUAAUGAAUUUUGUGUUUAUACUGUAAAUAUGUUCACAGGCUUAAAAGUUUUGAAUAUUCCUUUUCAAAAAUAAUCUGAAGAUAAGAUAUUUUUAUGUACAGUGACACUGUGAUGAAAAAUAAAGUUUCUGUAGUGCAUACAUUGAAGUUAUUGAAUUUAUUGUGUUCUCUCAUAUUUGGAAUGUAUACGACGACGGUUCACACAGUGCGUCAUUCCUUCGCAUUUUAUAAAGGCGUGCAUAGUGAGUAAGCUGGCUUGGUCUGAGUGAAAGGAGGGUUCAUCCGGUGUUGUCUUUGUUCAUUGCUAAAACAGCACAGAGUUUGUACGAAGUAGUGGGUGAACGCGAGUUGUUUUGAACGUACAUCAUUUUGAUAUCUGGUGAUUAUAACGCGCAAAUAAAUCAUUUUUAUCACGUUUAAAUACCAUUUAUUAGAAUGGAUAAUAAAGAGACUGAGGAUGCUUUCAAUCUUCCAUCAUCUAUUAGUAAUACAGACAAAAAAGAUGAACAAACACAUUUACGUGGAAUCCAUGACAUUGAUCGAAUAGGAAAAUAUCAAUUAAUGGUAUAUUUUGUUAUUAGUUUUCCAGUAAUUUUGUCGGCUGCUUUUGCACUCGGUUAUGUCUUUACCUCUGGAGAGGUUGGCUAUAGAUGUUUCAUACCUGAAUGUGAAACUUCAUUAACGUCAAUUUGGAAUACAUCGUGGGCAAAAUACUCUGUGCCAGCGAAAAAUAAUUUAUUUGGAAGUUGUGAACACUAUACUAUAAAAAGCAACCAUGUAGGCGUAUGUUCAGAACAAUCAUUUACACAAGAAAUUAAAAAAUGUGACCAUUGGGUUUACAAACCAGAUGAAAAAACAAUAUUGAAUGAGUGGAACAUUACCUGUAAUGAAAAUAGGUGGAAAUUGGCUCUAGUUGGAACAAUUAAUAAUGUAGGUCAGCUAGUAGGUUUAAUGUUUGCAGGAUUUCUUUCUGAUAGAUAUGGAAGAAGAACUUUACUUGUCACUGAGACAUUUUGUACUGGAAUUGUAGGUCUUAUUCAAUCAUUUUCAAUUAAUUAUUGGAUGUUCAUAGCUCUAGAAUUUGCUCAAUCAGUAUCCUCAGCUGGAGUUUAUAGUACUGCAUACAUUCUAGCUUUAGAAAUGACUGGGGAAAGACGAAGGGUCGUUAGUGGUACUAUUAUGUGUUGCGUAUAUGCGAUUGGAGAAAUGUUAGUUGGUACAGCUGCAAUGGGACUGAAAUCAUGGAGAAAUUUACUCCGAAUUUUUUUUGCACCGUGUUUACUCGCAAUAUUUUUGCCAUUCGUUAUUCCUGAAUCAAUUAGGUGGCUUGUUGCUAAUGGAAAGCGAAAAGAGUUAGAAAAUGUUUAUAGAAGAAUAGCAAAAAUGAAUGGAACAAAAAUGCCUGAUAUUGAAAUUAAUUUAUACAAAGAUUUGAAUAGUGAAAAUACUUAUAAAGAAACAAAAAAAGCAACUAAUAAAAAUAAAUCAGUGAUAGAAGCACUUUCACGACCAAAACUUUUAAUGCGAUUACUUGCAUGCUGCUUAUGUUGGCUGACCAAUACUUUUGUGUAUUAUGGACUUUCAUUAAAUUCUGUAGCCUUUGCGGGUGAUAAAUACGUCAAUUUUAUAUUAGUAUCUUUUGUUGAAAUACCAGCAUAUUUUCUGAGUGGGAUAUUUAUUGAUUACCUUGGCAGAAAGCCCACACUAGCUGGGUCAUUUUUAUUUAGUGGUAUUUUUUGUCUUGGCAUUCAAUUCAUACCAAGAGAUGCAUGGUCUUAUGCACCAAUAAUUAUGUACAUGGGUGGAAAGGCUUGCAUUACAAUGGCAUUCGCUACAGUUUAUGUUUACACCGCAGAAAUGUUCCCUACAACUGCAAGACAUUUUCUGCUCAGUAUUUGCAGCAUGACUGGUCGAAUUGGUUCCAUUCUUGCGCCUCAAACUCGAUUAUUAGCUACUGUUAUUGAAUCACUACCACUAAUAUUGUUUGGAUGUAUGGGAAUGCUGGCAGGAAUAAUUUCUUUCCUAUUUCCAGAGACAAUGGGACAGCAAUUACCCGACACAAUUGAUGAUGCUGAAAACAUAGGAAAAAAAAGUACUGAUAAAAAUUUUAUUGAACAAAAUAAAUGAUUUUACGUGUUUUGAUGACAUUAAUUAAAAAAAAUUAGAGUAAUUGAUAGAUCUAUUGAUUGGAUUAUUGAUCUUGUUAAGAUUUUUAUUGAGCAGUGAUAAACGUUGUAUGCUACUGGUCAUUGACCUUAGUGCGUCAGCUCUCAAGCAUUUUGAUAAAAAAAAAAGUAUGAUGAAACAAGUGAUGCUUUUCAUCUAUUGAAGCAAGUGCACCAUUUUUUUUCUGUUAUUUGUUAUUCAAUAACAGUUACAUGUGUUAUACUUA